AUGGAGAAGGACGUGGAGAAGGGGGACGGCGAGGUUGCGAGGCCGAGGGAGAGCCACCUUGCCGUACACCCGGGCAACAGAGUGUCGCUGGCGAGGGUAUCGAUCGGAGGACCGCCGCCGCCGCCGCCGCCGAAGGAGGACGUACCCCGGCCGAUGACGAGCUCGACGAGGAGGUUAUCGUUCUCGACGACCUACAGCGAGCGCAAGAUCAAGUACGGCACGGGGCGGCAUUCACAGACAGAGCUGAGUCCUCAGCCGACUGAUGACCCGGACGAUCCUUUGAACUGGCCACAGUGGAAGAAGGAACUCAACUUUGUCGCGCUUUUGAUGACGGCUGGUCUAGUGGGUGGGAUGAAGACGGCGUACAUCAGCGUCAACAGCGUGCUCGCCGUCCGUUUCAACGUCUCAUACACGGCCGUCGCGUCACUCACCGCCGUGCCGCUCGUCAUCUCAGCAUUCACAGGCCUGUUCAGUGUCGUGGCGUCCAAGAUCUGGGGCAAGAGGCCGGUGUAUCUCGUCUCGAUGGUCCUCAUCUUCAUCGGCGCGAUAGCGAACAUGGCAGCGGGGAACAACUUUGGCGGGUGCAUGGCCGGUCGUGUCUUCCAGGGGUUUGGCUGGGGAGCCUUUGACACGCUCAUCCUCGGUUCCAUCCAGGAUACCUACUUUGAACAUCAACGCAAUGUUCGCAUCACGAUAUACAACAUCCUCACCGUCGCGACGACCUGGGGCGCGCCCCUCUUUGGCGGUCUCGCCUCAGCAAACGCAGGCCGCUUCACCGUGCAAUUCGAAAUCAUCAACGCCUUCCAGUUCAUCGCGAUCCCGCUUCUUCUCUUCGGCGCACCCGAGACCGCGUUCGAGCGGUGGUUCAGCAGCAGCCCCGCCCCGACUCCCGGAUCCGUUACCUCCUCGCCGUGGGCGUCGCAACCCCCGAAGCCUCUCGGAAGACCCAGCGUCGAGGACGCCAAGGCCUAUCUGCGCACGAUGAAGCCCGUGUCGUUCUCGGGAACGAUGGACUUGCGGACGAUUUUGCAGGCGCCGAGGGCCUUUGUGGCGCCGACGACGGGGCUGCUCGUGGUGGUCACGUUCCUCCCGUACUGCACUCUCUGGGGUCUCUCCGAGUCCCUGUCGCUUUUGUUCUUCCCCAUGCCGUGGAUGCUCUCCGAGUCAAACAUUGGCGCGCUCAUGACUGCGCCGUUCCUCCUGGCCAUCAUCGCCGUCGUCGCGACAGCCUUCUGGCGCCGACGCGCGUCGGACUACACGCCGUAUUGCAUCGCAUGCACACUCGCAGCCGGCACAGUCCUCGCAUCCUCUGGCAUCCUCGCUUUCGGCCUCAAGACGCACGACGUCAUGUCCGAGGUCUCCGCCAGCGCCACCGCGCCCUCGAACGUGUUCGCGACUGACGGCGUCGGCACGCACCUCUCCUUCCCGCUCGUCUCGCUGCUGCUGGGCCUGCUGGCCGCAGGCGUGGGCACCCUCGACACGGCGAUCCGGCCCGUGAUCUGGCGCUCGACGCAGUUCACGUCGAGCAACAUGAACGUGUGCCUGCGGAAUGUGGCGGACAUGGAUGCUGGCGUGGUGUGCUGGCGGAAUUUGCUGAGUGGCGUGUUUGUGAUGACGGUGCCCGGGGCGAUUGUGAUGUGGGCCGGGCUAAAGGCGACGGUGGUCGGGCUGGGGGUCACGCAGGUGCUCGUGGGCGUGGCGGGGUGCGCGCUGUGGUGGAUUUAUGACGAGAGGUGA